GUUACUAACCAAAAAAUUUCAGGCAUGGUCGUCACAAACUAAUCUUUGUUACCUAAAACUUAUAUUUUGCAUAUCAUUGGUUAAUUUGUUAUUUCGAAAUAUGCGCAAAGGUUUUUUACAUUAACUCCCACACAAACCUUCGCUUUCUCCUACCUAAAAAAAAGACCUAUUCACAUCAAUUUUUUUUUGUCCUUUGGAAUAAAAGAUAUUUUAUUUCUUGACUAACCCAUUCGCCUUUCCUUUGAACUGCUAACAGUUUAUUCGUUUGUUUCACAAUAAUAAUGUCACCAAGUGCAGUUUCUACAAACGGUAUUGGCAUUGCCGACUUGCCAAACCAGCGUCAUAAAAUUGUUGCCAAACGCGGUACCAACUUUACCUUAAUGGUUGUUGGUGAAUCCGGUCUCGGUAAAACAACUUUCAUCAAUACUCUUUUCACUACUACUAUCAAAGAAAAAAAGAAUCAAGCUAAACGCCAUGCCAAACAAACGGAUAAAACAGUUGAGAUUGAAAUAACAAAAGCUGAACUCGAAGAAAAAAUGUUCAAUGUUAAGCUCACAGUUAUUGAUACUCCCGGAUUUGGCGACUAUGUAAAUAAUCGGGAUAGUUGGUUACCCAUCGUUGAAUUCAUCGAUGAUCAACAUGAAUCAUACAUGCGACAAGAACAACAACCACAUCGUGAAGAAAAAUUGGAUAUGCGUGUUCAUUCCUGUCUUUAUUUCAUCCGCCCAACUGGCCAUACUUUAAAGCCCUUGGAUAUCGAAGUCAUGAAACGUUUAGGUUCUCGAGUAAAUCUAAUUCCCGUAAUUGCCAAGGCUGAUACCUUGACGCCAAAAGACUUGGAAACCUUCAAGAGAAGGGUUAGAGAAGUUAUUGCUGCUCAAAACAUUCAAGUUUACCAAUGCCCAAUUGAAAGUGACGAUGAAACCAGCACCAAACGAAAUAUGAACAUUAUGGCUGCUAUGCCUUUUGCGAUAAUUGGUAGUGAUGAGGAUGUCAUUGCCCCUGAUGGUCGUAAAGUAAAGGGACGUCAAUACAGCUGGGGUAUUGCCGAAGUUGAAAACGAAGAUCAUUGUGAUUUCAAGAAACUUCGUUCCCUUCUUAUUAGGACACACAUGUUAGAUUUGAUAUCCACAACCGAGGAAACCCACUAUGAAAAUUAUCGUCAAUCACAAAUGGAAACAAGGAAGUUUGGUGAAGCCAAACCUAAGAAACUUGAUAAUCCUAAAUUCAAAGAAGAAGAAGAAGCUCUUCGUAAGAGAUUCACUGAACAAGUUAAACAAGAAGAGAACCGUUUCCGACAGUGGGAACAACAUCUUAUUGCUGAGCGCGAUCGUCUUAACAAGGACUUAGAAGCUGAACAUUCUCACAUUAAAUCGUUAGAGCAGGAAUUAGAAACGAUUCAAGCAGGACUUUCAAGCAAAGGCGGAAGAAAAUAAAAAAAAAAGUUAUUUCUGGUAAAAGUAACUUUUUUAAUACAUGAUUUACAUGAUGCAAUUCUUUUUCUUUAAUUUAGCCUUAUCAAAUCUUUUUAUUAUUUUUUCUUUAAUUUGUCUUUUUCUUUAAUAUUCAAGUAGAAAAUAAUUAAUUAUAUUAUCAAAUUAGUCAUAUGUAUUAUAUAUACUAUCAUAGUUAAUUUUUAUGUGGGAUUUAUUUAUUUCCAAAAAAAAAAAAGUAUUUUUGGGUUAGUUAUAAAUAGAUGCUAAAUUGUCUCUUAUUUAAAAGAAGUAUUUUGAAAUAUCCAUUAUUUACUAUACAUGAAUGCUUUUUUUUAUUGAAUAUAUUGUUAUAUUUUUUAAUAUAUGUUCCUUAUAUUU